UUCGUCCUCCAACAUGCCAUCUGCUCUAAAAAAAAUUUUUUUCAGACCACGAGAAAGAACACAUUUGAAAGUACCAAACGCAAACGGAGUUCCCACUCUUGCUACACUUUUUAACGGAAAUAGUAGCAGAAGAAAAAGUUGAAGUAGAAAAAAAAUUUUGCGUUUGGAAAGUUUUAAGUUUUGCGUUUUCGACUUUCAUCUAAUUGGCUUAGUUUUCUUGCUUGAAGUUCUGAAAUUAUAGUUUAGGUAUGAUUUUGUAGAGUAUUUCAAGGCGCAUCUUUUGCAAAAAGAAGUAGCUCAAAUUGACAGAAGAAAAGGGAGAAAAGACGAAAAUACUAAGAGUGCAAUUUCUUCUGAAGCACUCGUUACAUAAAGUAUAAAAGUCAAGAAAUAUGUCAUCUUUGUUUUUACAACCAAUAGUUUAGUGGGUCUAUUCAAUGUGAUAUUUAUUGUUUUGUUUUGUUUCUAGGAUCUUCAGAAUGAAAUUCAAUCUAUUCGUUCAUCCUCAACUGCUGAAGAAGAACUUACGAUGAAAUUACUUAAUUCUCAGCGUGAUAUCGAAAAUUUAAAUAAUCUAAAAUCUGACCUUGAACAAACGAUUGAACAAUUAAAUGAAAAAUUAAAACAUAAUGAUGAAAAUGAUCAAUUAUUUCAAAAAUAUAUUUUGUUAACAAUUGAUUCGUUACAUAUAUUUCGAGAUAAUGAGGAAAAUAAAAUAAAAGUCAUUCGUGAACCACAUAAUGCUGAUGUAUAUGACCUUUAUACAUCUGAAUUAAAACGUAUAGAAGAAACUGAUAUAUUGUAUAGAAAUUUAAAACAGUCCUGUGAACAAGUGAAUUUCGAACAUCAAGAAUUACAGAAGCAAUUUAAUGAUAUGAAACAACGCAAUGAAGAAUUAGAAGUUUCUAAUGAAGAAUUAAAAUCAGAAUUAAUGAUAAUAAAAGAUGAAUAUCGAAUGACAAAAAGCGAUUAUGAUCAACGUGCACAAGAUUAUCGGCGACAAAUUAAAGAUUUUGAAGAACAACUUAAUUCAUUACAACAAGAACAACAACUUCAACAAGAACUUCAACAAAAACAACAAAUAAUAAUAACACCAUCUGAAGAGACUAGAAGAAGAAGUUCCGAUGAUCUACGAUUACAAGCAACCUCAUAUUCAACAACCAACAGCAAUGAUAACGAGGAAAUUGUGCAUGAUAUUCUUCAAUUUAUUGUUAAUUUUGUUGAAUUAUUAGAGAAAAAUAACAGUACAAUUACUCCUACUCCUAUUUCAAAUUCUUCGAAUUUGUCUUCGUCCGCAUCGUUACUGUUAUCGUGUGAUAUUUCAACACUUUUACAUAGUGUUGGUAUAACAAAUUUUACCGAUGAAUUAUAUUUAUCAAACUAUGAAGACGUAUUACGUUUAUGUACAUUAUUAAUUGAGCGUUGUCGCGUUCUGCAAUAUGCUCUAUUAAGAAGAAAUCAUUCGUCAGAUAUAUUUUCUUCGUCUCUAGAAUCUCUUUCAGUUAAUGAUCAAUUUAAAUCAUCAUCAUCUGUAUCACUAUUAGAUGAUCCAUCUUCAUCAUUGGUUGUUUGUUCGUCUAGUAAGGAAUCGGAUUAUGAACAAUAUUAUAUUGUUAUUAAUCGUCAUCAUAACAAAUCGUUAGACGCAAUAUUUGAUCAACUACUAGACUGGACAAUAUCUUCAACCGAUGAUGAUCAUACUCGUUCAUCAAAUGAAAAUUGGAAAAUCACAAUAUCAAGACCAAACGUUCAAGAUGAGAAAUCGCAAAUUCGUUUUGAAUUGUCGACAGACGCUGUUACUCUCGUAUUAACACCCAAACAGAUAGAUAAUGGAGUCGUUACAUUAAGGUCUGAAAUAGAGAAAUUAAUAAUUGAAAAUGAACAACAAAAAGAUGAAAUAAAACUACUAGAAAAACAAUUAUCUGACAAUGAACCGUAUGAACAGUUGAAAACGCAUCAAAUAUUUUUAGAAGAGCAAUUAGAUAAACAGCGUGCACAAACAAUUGAAUUAGAAAAUGUUUUAAAACAAGAAUUAAAUAAUAAAACAAAAUAUGAAGAAAUUCAAUUAUCGUAUAAUGAAUUAGAAAAAAAAUAUUUAAUUGCCGAGGAAUUAAAUGAACAAUUAAAAGCUUUAAAGGUAGAAUACGAUGAAUUAAAAUUUAAUUUGAACCAAAAAGAUGAACAAAUAGUUAAAGAUCGAUGCUAUUUGAUUGAACGUGAUGAACAAAUCAAAGUUCUGUCUAUUGAACUUGAACAAGAACGUUUAAAUACAAUUGAAUUAAAACAACUGAUAGACGAAUUAAAUACAUUAAAAAGUAAUUAUGAAGAAAUGAAACAGCUAAAAGAACAUAUUGAACAUGAACUAGAAAACUUAAAAAAUGACAUGAAUGACAAAGACAAGAAGAAAACGGAUGAUGUAAAGCAACAACAAUUUCUGAUAGAUUUAUCAGAGAAGAAGUCGUUAGAGUGCGAUCAGUUGAAGGAUGAAAUAAAACUUUAUAUAACAGAUUUAGAAAAUGUCAAUAAAUUGUUAUUUGAGCAAACAAAAUCAGCUGAUGAUUUAGGUAGACAAUUACAAACAAUAAAUAUAAAUUAUGAAAAUUAUAAAACAAAAUAUGAACAAAUGAUACAUGAACAAGAAAAAUUAUUAAAUGAUUUAAAUAUAUAUCAACAUGAAAAACAAUUGUUAGUGGGGAAAAUACGUGAUUAUGAAACGAGACAAAAUGGUAUGCAAGAUAAACAAACAGAUACAGAUGAAUUUAAACGGCAAGAAGCUCACUUUCAACAAACAUACGAUCAAUUAGAAAAAAAAUUUCAAAUAAACGAAAGCAAAUAUUCAGAAAUUGUAAAACAAACAAAAAAUGAAAUAGAACAAUUACAGUUAAAAAAUAAUGAAAUGAAUGAAAAUUUAUCAAAAUUAGAAGAAAAUCGUUUAACAAGGGAAAAAGAAUAUCAAUAUCGUCAAAAUAUUGAACAAAUCACCAAUGAAAAAUUGACUCUAGAAAAAACAGUAGAAAGUUUGACAAAAAAAUUGGAAGAAAAUCGCUUAACAAUGGAAAAAGAAUAUCGUCAAAAUAUUGAACAAAUCACCAAUGAAAAAUUGACUCUAGAAAAAACAGUAGAAAGUUUGACAAAAAAAUUGGAAGAAAAUCGCUUAACAAUGGAAAAAGAAUAUCGUCAAAAUAUUGAACAAAUCACCAAUGAAAAAUUGACUCUAGAAGAAACAGUAGAAAGUUUGACAAAAAAAUUGAGAGAAGUGACCACAUCACCACCACCACCAGCAGAAGUUUCAAAUGGAGAAAGUAUUCAAGAAUUGAAAGAAAAACUUAAUAAAAUGAAAGUAUUAUUAACACGAUUAAAAAAAGAGCUACAAGAUAAAAACCAACAACCAAAGCAAAGUUUAAUUGAUUUAGAAUUAGCCGAUUAUGAAAAAACCAUUAAAUAUUUGAAAGAGGAAGCGCAAAAGAAAGAUAAAGAACUUAGUGAUCUACACGAAGAAUUGAAUGUUCAUAAUGAUAAAUAUAACUGUCUUAAAAUUGAAAUUGAUAAUCUAGAACAACAAAAAACCCAAACAGAAGAACGAGCAAAUAAAUUUAAAACAUUAUUGGAUGAAGCUAAAAAAGAAUUACAAAAUGCAAAAGAUUUAGAGAUGGAACGAAUAAAUAAUGAGGGAAAUGUUCGAACGUUACUGGAUACAAAUCAACUUGAGUUAGAUAACAAUAGACUGUAUAUCAAUGAAUUAGUACGAGAAAAGCAACAAUUAUUAGGUACAUACAUCUCAUUAUCAUUAUAUUUAUAUAUAAUUGUGAUCUAUCUUUUCUCAUUAGAUAGAAUAAAUAAUAACACAGACAAUAGUCAACGUAUAAUUAGCACAUUAGAACAAAAUUUAAAAAUAUUAACACACGAUUUAGAUAUUGCCAAACAAGAUUAUGAUACAUUACAGGAUGAAUUUAACAGUUAUAAAAUUCGAGCUCAAAGUGUUUUAAAACAGCAGCAACAACAACAGCAACAACAACAACUUCUCAUACAACAUGAAAAUCGUUUGACACCGGAGAGACAAACUGAAAUUCAUGAUUUAGAAGAAACUAUUGAAAAAUUAAAAGUUGCACUGAAAGAUACAAAUGAAAAAUUAAAAGCAAUGAUGAAUGAAAAUGAUGCAUUACAAAAAGAACAAGAUCGUUUAAUUAAUCGUCAAACAAAAAUUGUUAAUGAUUUUAAAAAACGUGAACAAGAAUUAAAAACUCAAAUACAAAAAUUAGAAAAUGAAUGUUUACAACAUACAAAUGAAAAUUUAGAUAUGAUAAAAAAUGUUUCAACACAAAAUGAAAUGUUAUCAGUAGCAUUUAAAGAACAAAUAGCAUCAAUACAAAGUGAUCAUGAACGCGCUUUGGGACUAGUACAAAGUCAAUUAAAUUCAUCACGAUCCGAAAUUGAAGUACUAAAAAGUCGACUUGAUUAUACAACAUCACGACUAGAUAAUAAUAUUAAUGAAAUCAACAGUCAUUCAUCGGUUGAAACAAUAACUAUUGGUAGUAAUAACGAUAUUAGAGAUGAUACUAAUUGGUUUGUUCAUAAUACAGAACGGCAACAAGGAGAGGGUAUUGAUAAAGAACUUUUACAAACGACUAAUAGUGAAAAUUCGUCUACAAUAGCUGCUAAAACGUUAGAAAAUGUUUUAUUUGGCAAUGGUGAUUCUGCUAAUAUCACAAAUGGCUCAUCUUCGACUGUCACAGCAUUAUCGUCAACUAGUGAAAAACCCAAACAUAUUUUAUUUGAAGAUGUUGAAAUGGAAUUACAACAUAUCAAUCAAGAAUAUGAAAAAUGUCGUUUACGUUUAAUAAAUAUAACAGAAUUAUUAAAUGAUUCUGAAUUAAAUAAUGUUCGUCUAGAAGAACAAGUUAAUCUAUUAAAAGAUGAAAUUCGACGAUUAGAACGAAAUAUGGAACGAGCUGAUUCAAUUUCAAAUUUAGAAUAUUUAAAAAAUGUUAUUUUGAAAUUUUUUAUAUUACGAUCAACUCACGAACGUUUACAAUUGAUUCCUGUUCUUGUGACAAUGUUAAAAUUAAGUCCGGAUGAGCAACAAAAACUUGUACAAGUAGCACACAGUAAUCGUUUCCUAGAGGAAAAUACUGAACCAAAUCAACAGCAACAACCGCAGGAACAACAACAAAACGGAGGAGGAAAUUCGUGGGGUUCUUAUUUAGGAAAAAUAUCGGGAUUUUAUUAG